AGCUAGUAGUAGUAAGAAGGUUACGUCCAUGGUUUAUAACUUAAAAUCUUCAAAAAACAUCGCCCGUGAAAACGGCAGGCAUCGGUACCGGUUUUAAUUCUGCGGAGAAAUCACUGCACGCUGGCGGAGGUUCCUUUGCACAGGUGAAACAACCAUUUUCCGCAUUGGUGGAGUAUUGCAUUGGGAUAUCAUCAGCUGAACGGCUCGAUAUUGGUGUGACUGACCCGGUCAGGAGCCUACUGCCCUGAGAGGCUCUCUGGAUCUCUGCCUCCUCCUCUCAGGCUGCGUCCCCCACCCCCACCCACCCAAGCCUGCGCUACAGUACCCCCUCCCCCACCCCACCGUGGGACUUUGGAGCAUCAUCCUAGCCUAGCAGUGAGGGAUACUAGACCCUGGAACACGUUAAGACUGCUAAGUGAUGAGCGAGUUCUGGUUGUGUUUCAACUGCUGUAUUGCAGAGCAGCCCCAGCCGAAGCGGCGGAGGCGCAUCGACAGGAGUAUGAUCGGGGAGCCCACUAAUUUUGUCCACACAUCCCACGUGGGAUCGGGAGACAUCUUCAGUGGCAUGAACUCGGUGAACUCCAUUCAGAACCAAAUGCAGUCAAAGGGUGGAUACGGCGGAGAGGCCAUGCCUGUGAAUGUGCAGCUGCAACUGGUGGACACAAAAGCAGGAUAACACGGAGGGACUGCUUCACAGUUCCUUCAUGUUGAUGUUUUUCAUCCUGGUCUCCAUGUCUGCCUUCAGUGACUGUUUCCCUCAUCCUCCCUCCCCCAUAUUGGACUAGGGGAUGAUGUUCGCCUCCUCUCGUCCUUCCGCUCUGUCUGUCCCCCUUUGCUCCUCCCAAUGAGCCCACUAUCGACCCCCCCGUCCCCCUCUCCGCCCCAGCCAUCUCAACUCUCCUCGCGCCACAAAUACAUGGACAGUUUUUCUCACGCCAUUGGAAUGAGGCUGCUCCCCCUCUGCCUGUCUGUCUGUUCAUCCGCCCAUCUCCCACGGAGGACGACAGUCAAAAGGACAGCAGCGCUUCAGUUUUAGUGUACCUCACCCUUCCAACUUAAGCCAGACGCAAAAAGCAUGAUCCUCAUCUCUGCAAGUUCAAAGUGUAAAACGCUUUUUCUCUUCCAUGUGAGAGUUUAUUUUUUGGGGGGAGGGGUUGUCAAUUCAGUGUUUAAAGGUCUGGAACCUACAAUUACAAAAUGUAGAUUUUUGUUUUAUUUUUUAUUAUUACCAUAUUUCUUUUUAUAUAUAUAUAUAUAUGUCUGGUUUGGCGGUCAGAAUGGUGGGUGACCACGUUUGUGAAAAGUGGCUUGCUAUGGCCCUUUGGUGCCAAAAUGUCUGUAGCGCGUAUGAAACGAUAUGUCUUCUGCUGACAAGAAGGUUGCUUAUUAUUAUGUUGUUUUUUUUUGACUGGCUCUAGUGAAUUCCACUCCAAUAGGAAAUGUGAUUGUUACUUCGCUGUUGUUUACAUCGUUCCAGUUCCCAUUCUUUGUCUUUAUUUUCAUGAUAAUUGUUCAAUAGAACAGUAACGGAUGUUGAAAUGGCAUGAACUGGCAUUUCACUCGACAUUCUACUGUAAAUGUUUUGGUAAACUUGAUUUCAAUAAGCCUGGGCUAUAUGAGUAUAUUCUGUGCAGUAAAAUGUAAAGACCUUUAGCUAUGUGGUACAAUGCUGGCUACUGGUGUUACAAUGCUGGCUACUAGUGGUACAAUGCUGGCUACUGGUGGUACAGC